UUAAUUCAACUUCAGAUUCAACCAGACGCAGGAAGAACAACAUCAAAUGUCAAUGUCCACGAACUACCUUACCAAGUUAACAUGAUGUCAUCAACUUCAGCUGAUGAGGCAGAUUUUGUGUGUGAACCAGAUCCAAAUAUCAUAGCUUCAGCAAAAUUUCAACAACUUCGUCUAGAAUUCCUCGUGGCUGUAGAAAAAAUCAGAAGGGAAACAGAGGCAGCAAAGGUCAAAUACAGGCAGUUCAGUCAACAGUCUCGAGUACAAGCAGGAGGGCAACACUGCCAACAGAGUAGUUCCCAGCCUCCAAACACAGGAGAGCUCCAAAACAGUCACCAGACUCCACACACAGAAGAGCUACAGAGUUCUCAUCCAGCUGCCCCGAUAUGCUCUGGAACCUCAGGAACAAAACAGAUCUCACAACAUUGUGAUAUUCCUGAGUUAGAAUCUUACACUGAAAACUUAUUAACGGUGCCUCCUCCAAGUUUAACAGCAGUUUCAAAUAAUAAAGACAAAACUUGUGCUUCAUUGGCUGAAGGUCCAGUUCAUUUCCAAAAGGCACAUGAAACAGAAAAUGCAGGAACAGCAACAACUUCAGUGCAGGCUGGCCCCAGGAUAGAGCUUCCUGAUUUGUCAGUAAACUGGAGAACCGGCGGGGCAAAUUUUGGGGGACAACUUCCAACAAUGGAAAAUCAGGGACUCCCUCUUUCUCUGGAUUCCAAGUUCAGUUUUGGUGUUUCUGAUGAUGUUUUUAGCACAAUUAAUGACUUGGAAAGUAGACCAAAUUUAACGUUCAGUAGAAAAGGGCGAGGAAGCAGGACGGACUCUAAUAGUACACUACGUAAAGUCGCCAAACUGUCCUCGACUGCUUCUGUGCAUUCAGACAUGGGCGAGUUUUCAGGUCAGAUUUUGACUCAUUCCACUGGGGAGGGAACCAGUGCUAGUGAAUCUGACGAUACAAGUUUGUCCACCAGCUCAAACCGCUCGCAGGGGGGGAAAUGUAAACGGUACAAGCGAACUCAGGAAGCGUUACAAAGCUCGGGACUUCUGGACGUGACAAUGAAGACCGCCGAGCUAAUGAAAAGAAAUAGGCAGCUACAAAAAGACAUUCGGGAUUUCAAACAAGAAACGGUGGAGUUUCUCAAGACUGUUUUACAGAAUCCCGAAAAUAGUGAAUAUGCUAAAGUUAUUCAUGGCAAAAAAACUGUACAUUAGAUAGUCAUACAUAUAUGGGUUUGGGGUUAAAAAGGGGAAUAAAUCAAAGUGAAUGGAAAUUUAAAGAUUUUUACAAUAGUAAUAAUUAAUUGUAUUUAUACAUAUUCAAAUACUUUAUGUACAUGGUUAUUUGGUGAUAUAUUUUAGAUUUAGUUUGUAAUCAGUAUACAUGUACAAAAACGUAUAAAUUUAGAGUGAAAUCAGGCUAUAAUUAUGUAGAUUUGAAACUAAGCUCAAAAACUGCUGAACCAACGGUUAUGAAUAAUAGACUGUACAUUAAAUAAGCUUAUAUUUUAUCUGAAUUUUGUUAAUGUCGAAGUUUUUGUUCAUCCAUGGACAAUAUUUUCAUUUCAGUGGCAAUAAAUAUGUAAUUCCUGCACUUCUGUACUAUUGGAAUCUUUUGAAAAGUACUCUGUUAUGACCAUAGUUUCUAUGUCAUGUGUAGAUGCAAGUGUGAAUGUUAUGAUUACCUGGCUUUGUAUUUUUACUUAAAGAAUUGAUACAGCUUGAAUAUUGAGAGUUUUAAAAGUUAACUUGAUCUUUACUGUGUACAAUAUACUACAGUAUAGUAGUUCAUUGAAAGGGGGGGGGGUGUUGUCGUUGGGAUGUUACAAUAAGAUGUACAGAAACAUGCAAAUAUUGUAAGAUUGUUUAUUUAAACAAUAAAAGUGCUUUCAUUUCCAGGUUCUUCCUUAAAUAAAUUUUGCAACAACUAAA